GUCAUGGUCGUGUGCCCGGCGCUCCAGGGCCUGUGCAACCACUGGUUCUACCACCACGUCAUGAUCGACGGCCUCCACGCGCGGUCGGCGCUGAAAUCCGCUCUAUUCCGCAAGCUCCUCCGCGUGCCCGGCGGCGGCGGCGGCGGCGGGUCCGGCAAGCUCCUGAACCUCCAGAACUCGGACGCGCGCGCCGUCGAGCACGUCUACCACAUGUGCUUGUACAUCGUCUUCGUGCCCGUCCAAUUGGCCGUCUACUUUUACUGGCUCGCGCGCGAGAUCGGCCUCGCGACGGUCGUGGGCCUCGGCGUCAUGGUCCUCGGCGUGCCCGCGCAGAUGUCGAUCGUCGGCCGGAUGAAGCAGGCGCAGGGCGCGCUCAUGGCGGCGGCCGACGAGCGGAUGCGCGGCGUCAAGGAGACGGUCCAGGCCAUGCUCGCCGUCAAGGUCUUCGGCUGGGAGGCGUCGUUCCGGGCGUCGGUGAAGCAAGCGCGGAAGACGGAGCUCGCGCAUUCGCUGCGGCUGCAGACGCUCGGCGCGGGCGCGAACGCGGUCAUGGAGGCCGUGCCCAUUUUGUGCGCGCUGGCGUCGCUCGGCUCCUACGGCCUCCUGUACCCGGACCGGCCCCUGACGGCGUCGCGGGCCUUCGUCGCGCUCCUCGUCUUCAACCAGCUGCGCAUGCCUUUGAUGAUCCUGCCGAUGACGAUCCAGUUCGUCGUCGCGGGCCUCGCGGCCGUGGCGCGCAUCGACGACUUCCUCGGCGCGGCCGAGUGCGAAAGCUACGUGGAUCGUUCGACGACGGACGGCGCGACGGUACGCGUCGUCGACGGCGCCUUCGCCUGGCCCGCGUCGCUGACGGCGACUCCCGGCGACGCGACGGCACCGUUCGCCCUCCGGAUCGCGGACCUCGGCCUGGGCAAAGGCCUGAACGUCGUCGUCGGCGCCGUCGCGUCCGGCAAGUCGACGCUCCUCGCGGCGCUGCUGGGCGAGCUCGAGCGGACGUCGGGCACCGUGGCCGUGCGCGGCCGCGUCGCGCUCUGCCCCCAGGCGCCCUGGAUCUUCAACGCGACGCUCGAGGAGAACGUGCUCUUCGGCGCGGAGUACGACGCGGCGCGCUACGCGCGGUGCGUCGACGCCUGCGCGUUGGGCCCGGACCUCGAGGCGCUGCCCGACGGCGACCGGAGCGAGAUCGGCGAGCGGGGCAUCACGCUCUCGGGCGGGCAGAAGGCGCGCGUGAGCCUCGCGCGCGCGCUGUACGCCGACGCCGACGUCUACCUGCUCGACGACGUCCUCAGCGCCGUCGACGCGCACGUGGGCCGCCACAUCGUCGACCGGGUCCUGCUCGACCUCCUGGGCGAUAAAACGGUGAUCCUCGCGUCGCACCAGCUCUCGUGCCUCGACCGCGCGACGACGGUCGUCGUGCUCAAGGGCGGCGCCGUCGCCUUCGCCGGGACGCCGGCCGACUGCUACGCGGCGGACGCGCUCGAGGGCAUCCGCGGCGAGAGCGACGACGCGACGGGCGCGGCGAGCGCGAGCCGGGAGAUCGCGCCGACGGCGCCGGCGCCGUCGGCGAAGGUCGACGAGGAGCGCAAGGACGACGCGACGGCGGACGCGGGCAAGCUGACGGCGGCCGAGGAUCGCGUCGUCGGCACCGUUUCCAUGCGAGUGCUCCGGUCCUACGCGCGGCUCUGCGGCACCUUCUUCGUCUUCCUGGUCGUCGCCUUCCUCGUCCUCAAGACGGCCGGCGCCGUCUGCGCGCAGGCCUGGGUCGCCGAGUGGACGGACGCGACGGCCGACGAGGCCGACGACGAAGCGGACGACGGCUUGAACGUCAAGGAGACGCGGUACUACAUCUCGGGCUACGCGGUCGUGUCGUUCGUCACCGUCGCCUUCGUCGUCGCGAACCAGCUCGCGGCCGUGAACGCGUCCGCCGUCGCGUCCGCCGAGGUCCACGGCCUGGCGUUCGACGCCGUCGUGCGGGCGCCCCUGGCCUACUUCGAGGUCACGCCGCCGGGGCGGAUCCUGGCUCGCUUCGGGAACGACAUCAACGUCGUCGACGCCAUGCUCAUGACGUCGCUCAACGCGUCCGGCGGCCAGCUCGCCGUGCUCGCGUCCGUCUUCGUGUUGUGCGCGAUCUUGGUGCCCUGGCUCGCACCGUUGACGCUGCCCCUCUUUGUGGUGUACUGGAAGAUGGCCGAUCUCUACCGCAAGUCGUCGCGGGAGCUCAAAAGAUUGGAGAACAUGGCGGAGACGCCCGUGUAUUCGGGCUUCGCGUCGUGCAUGGACGGAUUAUUGACGAUCCGCGCGUUCCAAGGGGCCUCGGAGCGCCUCGUGGUGCAGACCGACGCGACGAUCGACGACUGGGCCGCGUGCUGGUUGAAGAACAACGGCGCGAACCGCUGGAUGGGCAUGCGCCUCGACGCGAUCGGCGCGGCGCUCGUCGGCCUCGUCGCGUUGUUUUGCGUGCUGCGGGUCGACGGCCUGCUCGGCAUGGGCUCGUCCUUCGACGCGGGCCGCGUGGGCCUCAUGCUCUCGUUCGCCGCGGCCGUCUCGGGGAUCCUCAACUGGUGCGUGCGCGGCGUCGCGGAGGCGGAGCAGCACGCGACGUCCCUCGAGCGGUGCCUCGCGAUCGCCGACGUCGCGCCGGAGGACUGGGGCGACGACGCCAAGUCGACGGGCAACGUCGCGCUCGUCGCGCCCGCGGAGCGGAGCUGGCCGACGGCCGGGCGGGUGACGCUCGAGAAAGUCUCCAUGCGGUACCGCCCGAACCUGCCCACGGUCUUGGACGGGAUCUCCCUCACCAUCGCCGGCGGCGAGCGCGUCGGCGUCUGCGGCCGGACGGGCUCGGGCAAAUCGUCGCUGGCCAAGUGCCUCUUCCGCCUCGUCGAAUUCGAGGGCGGCGACGUCGUCAUCGACGGCAAGUCCGCGAAGGCGACGCCGCUCGCCACGUGGCGGAGCGCCCUGGCCAUGGUCCAGCAGGACCCCCAGCUCUUCUCCGGGACCUUGAGGCACAACGUCGACCCGACGCGGCGCGCGUCCGACGACGAGGUCAAAAACGCGCUCGCGACGUCGAGCCUCGGCCACCUCGGGCUCGACUCGAACGUCGACGAGGGCGGCGCGAAUCUGAGCGCGGGCGAAAAGCAGCUCGUGCAACUCGCGCGCGUGCUCCUCUGCCGGCCGAAGAUUCUGGUUCUCGACGAGGCGACGUCGUCCCUCGACCGACGCACGGACGAGAUCGUCCAGAAGGCCGUGCGGGACAUCGCCGGCGUCACGGUCAUCACGAUCGCCCACCGGCUCGAAACGCUCCUCGACUACGACAAGGUCCUCGUCCUCGACAAGGGCCAGGUCGCCGAGUUCGGAGCUCCGGGCGAACUCGCCGCCAAGGAGGGCGGCGUCUUCGCCGGCCUC